AUGUCUACAGGAGUAGGAAUGAGCUCAUGCUGCCUUUCAGGCAAGGUCCACGAGGGAAACCCAACUGGAAAGGUUGAAACCAUUGAUAACCUGCAAACAUAUGUUGCUGCGCCAAAAGAUGGAUCAAAGGCCAAGUCAAUUGUUUUCCUCACAGAUAUCUUUGGAUGGGAAUUCAAGAACGUACGCCUGCUCGCGGAUAACUACGCAAAGGAGGGGUUCUACUGCUACAUUCCCGAUUUUUUCCAAGGCGAUGCUCUCCCAAUUGAUUUUCUUCAAUCAGUCGAGCCACCAUUGAAGGAUCGCGAGAAUCUCACGCUCACAGACAAAGCUAAGUCUACUGCAAACGUGGGCACAACACUUCCUCCCUGGCUCCUCCGACACCGCGAGGCAGUUGUCAAGCCUUUGAUCAGCUCCUUCAUCUCCACACUUCGUAAUGACUCCAGCACCGGCAAGAUCGGUGCCAUUGGAUUCUGCUGGGGAGGAAGAUACGCCAUUGUCCUAUCCCACGGGGAAGUAGACGCAGCUGUUGCGUGCCAUCCUUCUCUCGUUGCUAUCCCUGGUGAUUUCGAGGGCAUCACCAAGCCUCUGAGUUUGGCUGUUGGUACCGAGGAUAGCAUGUUGGACCAGAAGAGUGUCGGGUCGAUCCAGGAUAUUUUCGGAAAGCUGAGCGUGGAUCACGAGUUGAGGAUUUAUGAGGAUCAGGUCCAUGGCUUUGCUCUUAGAAGUGAUUGGAGCUCGGAGAAAGAUAAGAAGGCUAUGGAUGAGUCUGAGAAACAAGGACAGGAUUGGUUUAACAAGUAUCUCGCGUAG